GAGGCGGCCCGGCGGCGCCGCGCGGGAGCCGUCGCAGGGGGCGCGCCGGGGGGCGUCGCCCGGCGGCGCCGCCUGCUCCGACAGGUGCACCAGCCGGAGCUCCAGCCGCGUGUCCACGCCAGCGACGCAGCCCUGCAGGAGGCAGCAGCCGAGGCACCCGCGGCUGGAGCCCGUGGGCCACUGCCCCCAGCGCGGGGCCGGCUCGCCCGGCCACAGGCCCUGCGACCGGCUGCGGCAGGCGGCGGUGCCCGGGGAGCCGGACGGCAGCCCGCCGGGCAGCGAGGCGGAGGCGGCGGGGCCGCCGGGCGGCGCGGGGGUGCCCGUGGUGAACUGGGCGGCGCCAGGCGGCGUCGUGAUGCUCCGCCCGCGCCGCUCCCCGGUGCCCGGCCGCUCGGGGGGGAGGCUGUCCCGCCUGAGCUCCCACCCGUCGGCGCGCCCGGGCCGCCGCGUGGCCGCCUGCGCCUCGGAGGGGGCGCGCCUCGACGCCUCCGCCGCUGCGAAGCUCGCGGCCGCCUCCGCAUGGCGCGGCGCCGCCGUCCCGGCGGUCUCCAGCAGCGCGCCGCCCACGCCGGCGGGGGGCCCGGGCGCGCGGCGCGGCUCCUGCCCGUUUGUGGGCGGGGUCGCCACGGGGCGCUCCGCAGGCCUCGCGUUGGAGGCUGGCGAGCGCCCGGAGGCGGGCGCGGCGGCGGCGCCGGUGCCCUGCUGGGGCCACGACAGGGACCUCGUGCGACCCCGCACGACGUCGCACGACCGGCACGACCAGGACAGGAGCCAGGAGCGGAGCAGGCCCGCCUCGGCCUGCCGCCACGGACCGCGGCCCGAGGGCGGCGGCGACGAGCGCGCCGCCACCGCGCCGCGCUCCCGGGACCGGACCCGCGUUCAGUGGGGCACGCUGCCUGGGGUGCCUACGGCGUUCGGCCUGGGCGCCGCGGCGGCGCCCGCCGACGACGUCAUGCAGGCCUGCCGCCUGGCCAAGGAGUGCAUGAUCCCGAUCGCCAUCGUGCAGCAGGCGUUCGUGCUCUUCAAGGAGCAUGCGGAGGUGCCCUCGCCGGGCGACGGUGUCGUGGAGCUGGGCCGGCUGGCGAAGGCCAAGUUCUGGGCGGUCCUGCGGAAGGCCGUGGCGAUGGACACCGACGGCAAGGGCACGGAGGUGGACGACGACGUUGUGGAUGGGGCCUUCAGGCUCGCGGACAACAACGAGGACGGCUCCAUCAGCUUCCGGGAGUUCGUCAUCUGGUACUCGAGCCACCGCUUCACGGAGAACUUCAACGUGGCCGUCGAGGAGCGUGCGCGGCGCGGCCUCGCCAGGCGACUCGGCAUCACCGUCGCCGAGAUGGACUCGUACAAGCGGAACUUCGACUCCCUGGACGCCGACGGCAGCGGGGCCCUCGACAUGGAGGAGUUCGAGGAGCUUCUGUACAAGUGCGGCAAGGUGCCCCGGCACAUUGACAUCGGGGGGAAUCGGGUCCAGCAGCUCUGGAAGGCGGCCGACGCCAACGGCGACGGGUACGUCGACUUCGAGGAAUUCGUUGUCUUCUAUCGGCGGUACUUUGCCUCCGUCGGUGGUCGCACCGCUACCGGCUUCGACAUGUACUACCAGUCGGCGAAGUGAGCCUCCCGCGAUGUCCCCUCGCCGUCUCCUCCGGGGCGACGCGCGUUCCGUUCUGGAUGUACACCGCACUCACAUCUAUACCCCUGGGUGGGUGUAUGUGCGGCCGUUUUUGCGCUGUCAUGUGCGCGCAUGUGCGCGGCAUGUGCCAGUCAUGUGCCAGGCCUGUGCGGUCCUUCUUGGAUGGACUUCCUACUGUGCACGUCGUCGCGCGGGCGCACAUGCGUGCACAUCCCAAUGCACAUGCACGCUCAUGCCCUAGGAGCUGUCUGGGACCCCUGUGCCUCC